UUGAUGCCGCUGACCUUUCUUCCAUGCCCAUCUCUUCAUUUAUAAUUAACUCCAUCACUCUCUCUCUCUCUUUCUCUCACUGAUCUCUCUCACACCAUACACCAUAGUUUUUUUCUUCCCUUCAUUGUGCUAUAUAAGUAAGAGCAAAAGCUACUACAGUCUUUAGUGCUAGUUUCCACUUGCAAAUGGGACGAUCACCAUGCUGCGACAAGGUAGGUUUAAAGAAAGGACCAUGGACUCCAGAAGAAGAUCAGAAGCUCUUGGCUUACAUCGAAGAACAUGGUCAUGGAAGCUGGCGUGCCUUGCCAACAAAAGCUGGGCUUCAGAGGUGUGGCAAGAGCUGUAGACUGAGAUGGACCAAUUAUCUCAGACCUGAUAUUAAGAGAGGCAAGUUCAGUCUGCAAGAAGAACAAACCAUCAUUCAACUCCAUGCCCUCUUAGGAAACAGGUGGUCGGCAAUAGCCACACACUUGCCAAAGAGAACGGACAACGAGAUCAAGAACUACUGGAACACACAUCUUAAGAAAAGGUUAACAAAAAUGGGAAUCGACCCUGUCACACACAAGCCCAAAAACGAUGCACUUCUCUCCAGUGACGGCCAAUCCAAAACCGCUGCGAAUCUCAGCCACAUGGCUCAGUGGGAAAGUGCUCGUCUUGAAGCUGAAGCAAGACUAGUGAGAGAGUCAAAGCUACGUUCACAUUCACUUCAGCAACAGAUUGGAACUUCUUCCACGUUUGCAUCAUCAUCUUCUGCAUCCAAUAAGGCAGAAGCACCGCCGCCGCCACCGUCGCGGUCCUCCCUCGACGUUCUCAAGGCUUGGAACAACGGGGGUUGGUUGAAGUCCAGUGAAGGGAGUGGCGCCAUUGCAAGCACGGACCUUGAGUCUCCUACUUCUACGUUAUCUUUCUCUGAGAAUGCGCCACCGAUUAUGAAUGGGAUUGGAGGAGAGAAUAAUAAUAAUAGUAAUAAUAAUAAUAACAGCAACAAUGAUAACGCAAUGCCUAUGAUCGAGUUUGUGGGAAGUUCGGGUAAUUCUUCUUCUCUCGUGAAAGAAGAGGGUGAGCAAGAGUGGAAAGGUUAUGAUAGUUCUAUCACCACUUUCAGUUCUGGUAUGCAUGAGUUCACAAUGGCCAUGGAGGGAACUUGGGUGCACGAGACUCUCAGAACUAAUGGCUCGCACGAUGACAUUGUUGAAGAAGGCUUCACCAAUCUUCUCCUUAAGACAAACUCGGAAGAUCCGAGUUUGUCGUCGGAAGGUGGAGGAGAGUCUAACAAUGGCGAUGGUGGUAGUAACAGUCACAGUGAUUUUUACGAAGAUAACAACAACUAUUGGAACAGCAUCCUUAAUUUAGUGAAUUCAUCUCCUUCUCAUUCUCCUAUGUUCUGAUGUUGGGUGAGGAUAUGGAUCAUCAAAGAUUGAAUUUUCACCUAGUUUUGUUGGGUGAAAAAUUGUGUUUAUCACAACCAUUUACAUAAAUUUUUACAGGGCCAGAGUUUUUAACGAGAUAAACACAAAUUCAUGUGACAAGGUGAAGUGAAAAUUCAAACACAGGAGCAUUUGUGAGUGUGAGUCACAUAGAAGGAGCAUAUUAAUUCCAGAAACUCAAACCCAUGUCAGAAAUGGUUGAUUUUUCUUCCCCCCAUCGCCAUGAAAUGAACAUGCUCACAGAAACAUGUGGAGUUCCAUAGAGUGGUUUUUGUUGAUGCUUUAACAGAGACUUUUUUUUUUUCUUUUAUAUUUUUCUUCCGUUGGAAGUGUGUUAUUGUAAUUUUCUGAUACCUAGUUUUGGAAAACAGCUCACUGGUUGGUCUUUUCCAGCAUCAAAUGUUUAUAUCAAUUUGUUUGAUUUUGAUCUUUCUGAAC